AUGAAUUACGAUGAAGAUCUCGGCCCUGUGCUAAUCACUGACAAUUUCCACAAGACUGCAUUCUCUCAAGUUCAACUCGAGUACAUGGGUCGACCUCCUGCUCCCGACAGCAUGUUGAUGAACGGCAACGGAAGAUACUACUGUUGCCCAGUUGGUGCGAGCUGCAACGCAGACCCGAAGUGUGUUGGCGGAUCGAACAUUACGACAUUUAACUUCAAGCGGGGGAGGUCCUACAAGAUGAGCCUUGUCAACACCGGCACCUCGACCCAUACGACCUUCUGGAUCGAUCAUCACAACUUCACGGUCGUGGGUACGGAUUUUGUCCCGAUCAAACCAUACACAGCAUCCAUCAUCAAUAUAGCCAUCGGUCAGCGUUACGACAUCAUUAUACACGCCGACGCAAGCAAGAAUACCCGGACAGACUUCUGGAUUCAUGCUCGCGAUUGUCAAAUCGGAGGUGCCCGAUCGAAUCUUGGCAUUAUCCGCUAUGAUCCUACGUCAACAAGACUACCUUGGACACCCCCAGUAGACGACCGUCACGUUUGUUAUGGCUGCCUCGAUGAGUCUCCUAAAGACCUGAAACCGAUAGUCCCACGGAUGGUAAAGAACGCAGCUAAUGAGGGCUUCGAAAAGGAUUCGUUGAAGGUGCACCUGGUUGGAUUCCCUAACGACUUUGAUCCGGAUGCAACGCUCCACAAGUGGGUUCUCAAAGACUCUUCGCUUUAUUUAGACUGGUCGCAGCCCAGUCUGAGCCUGGUCAAAAUUGCAUCUGACCAAGGCUGGGAGAAUCCCAAAUUUCCCAAAGGUUAUGAGCCAGUGGAUCUUCAGUCCUACAAGGAGAACAGCUGGGUGUACUUCCUAAUCGAGGGCAAAUUCCAAGAGUCUGUCAACAACGCAACUCACAAAAUCUACAAAACGCAAGCACCAGUGGCACAUCCUAUGCACAUACAUGGACACGACUUCGUUAUUCUCGAUUCUGGAACCGCCGAGUUCGAUCCAAAGAACUAUACCAUCAACCGCGAUAACCCGCCCCGCCGUGACGUGGCACUACUUCCAGUUAAUGGGUAUCUGAUAAUUGCUUUCCAAAUCGAUAACCCCGGUGUCUGGUUGAUGCACUGCCACAUUGCCUGGCAUGCAAGCGGCGGUCUUGCUUUGCAAUUCAUUGAGCAACCAGAGAAGCUCAGCCGCCAAUUUGGGGACUCCGGUAGAGUAGAUGAGUUUUCAAAAACUUGCACUAACUGGGCUGCAUACUACACUAUGUUUAACAAGAACUACAAUGCUACGCAGGAUGAUUCGGGUAUUUGA